AUGGCGGAAGGAGCUUUGUUCGAUCUUGCAGGGAACGUCCUUCAACUGCUGGGCUCUAUCAUUGUUGAAGAGGUCAAACUGGCCUCUAGUAUUGAAACUGAGAUUGAAAAUCUAACCGACACAGUCACCACAAUCCGCGCUGUGCUUCUGGAUGCAGAAAUGCAGAGUUCUCAUAAUCAUCAGAUCAAAGACUGGCUCAGUAAGCUCAAAGAUGUCCUCCAUGAUGCUGAUGAUUUGCUGGAUGAUUUCUCCACCCAAGUAAUGCGCCGCAAAGUGAUGACAAAGAAGGUACGCCUUUUCUCUUCAUGUUCAAACCCGCUUGCUUUUAGUCCUAAGAUGGGUCAUGAAAUAAAGGCAAUUAGGGAGAAACUAAAUGCCAUUGCAAAAGAUAAGGAGGCUUUUCACUUUAGUCAAAGCUUGGUUGAGCCACGAGUCAUGACUAGGGGGGACAGAGAAACUUAUUCUUUUGUACUCGAAGAUGAAGUUAUUGGGAGGGAGGAUGAUAAGAAAGAGAUUAUGGAACGUCUUUUUGAUGACAAUGUUGUAGCGAAUAUUUCUAUCAUUCCAAUUGUUGGUUUCGGAGGAUUGGGCAAGACGACACUGGCUCAAUUGGUAUACAAUGAUAAAAAUGUCCAAGCAGAAUUUGAGAUAAAACUUUGGGUUUGUAUCUCUGAUGUCUUUGAUCUACAGCGGAUUGUUAAAGAAAUUUUAGAACAUUUGACAAAAAGGAAGCAUGAAGGAAGCAUUGAGAUGUUGCAAACUCAGCUUCGAGAAGAGCUUAAUGGAAAAAAAUACUUGAUUGUCUUGGAUGAUUUGUGGAAUGAGGAGAGUAAUAAAUGGCUUCUCUUGAGAAAUUUGUUAAUGGGUGGUGCAAGGGGAAGUAGGAUAAUAGUGACCACACGCUCAGAAAAUGUAGCGAGGAUAAUAGGGGCAACUUCAUGGCAUGCUCUAAGAGGCCUACCUGAAGAAAAGGCUUGGAGUUUGUUUGUGAAAGUAGCAUUUGAAAAUGGUCAACUGCCAAAGAAUGAAGCCUUUGAAAGUUUGGGUAGGGAGAUUAUGCGGAAGUGUGGUGGGGUACCUCUAGCCAUAAGGACGAUAGCAAGCUUGCUAUGCACCAAAGCUACAGAAAAUGAGUGGCGAUCCUUCAAAGAUUAUGAACUCUCAAAAAUAACUCAAGAAGAAGAAAAUGUUAUUUUAUCAACGCUUAAGUUGAGUUAUAAUCAUCUACCAUCGUACUUAAAGCAAUGCUUUGCUUAUUGUAGAUUGUUUCCAAAAGAUUACAAAGUUGAUGUAGCAACAUUGAUUAAUCUUUGGGCAACACAAGGUUUUAUUAAGUUAUCAGAUUCAAAGCAACGUGUUGAGGAUGUAGGGCGAGACUCUUGUGGCUGGGAUGGAGAGUACCAUGCUAACUUCGAGUGGGGAGUAUAA